GAAGCACGACGGGCUGGGACGUCGUCGUUGUCCGGCGGCGUGCAGCAGGGCUUCGGACGAUGGCGGCGCCUUCGGACCGCAACCUGCCGCGCAAGGAGGCGGACCUCUUCAAAUCCAUCGUCAAGUUCUACGAGACGAAGCAGUACAAGAAGGGCCUGAAGGCGAGCGACGCCGUGCUGCGCAAGUUCCCGAACCACGGGGAGACGCUGGCCAUGCGGGGCCUCGUGCUCAACUGCCUCGAGCGCAAGGAGGAGGCCUACGACUACGUGAAGAAGGGCCUCAAGGCCGACAUGCGGAGCCACGUCUGCUGGCACGUCUACGGCCUGCUGUACCGGAGCGACCGCCAGUACCCGCAGGCGAUCAAGUCCUACAAGCAGGCGCUGAAGAUCGACCCGGACAACGUGCAGAUCCUGCGCGACCUGAGCCUGCUGCAGGUCCAGCUCCGCGACGGCCGGGGCUUCCUCGAGACGCGGCGGAAGCUGCUGCAGUUGAAGCCGAACAACAAGAUGCACUGGGUCGCGUACGCGCUGUCGAACCACUUGGCGGGCCUCGGCGCGACGGCGAUCCAGGUCAUCGACGCCUACGGCGAGACCAUCAAGAACGAGCAGCGCCGCGAGGAGACCGCGGAGCGGUCCUACGAGGAUUCCGAGCUCGCGCUCUACCGGAACUCCAUAUUGGAGGAGGAGGGCCGCUACGGCGAGGCGCUGGCGCACCUCGCGGCGUCGGAGGCCGUCAUCGUCGACAAGUACACGCUGGCGAAGAAGCGCGCCGAGCUGCUGCUCCUGAGCGGGCCCCAGGCGCGCGACGGCGCCGCGGGCCUCGCGGCGACGGCGACGCCGACGGACAAGGUCGAGUUGACGGACGCGCAGGUCGCGGAUUUGGACGCGGCCUACGCCCUGCUGGCGGCGGAGAACCCCAAGUCCGAGGCCUACAAGUGGGUGCCCCUGACCUACGCGUCCGGCGCGUCCUUCGAGGGCCGGCUCGACGACACGAUCAAGCGCUUCGUGCGGAAGGGCGCGCCCGCGAUCGGCAGCGGCCUCGAGCGCCUCUGGUGCCCCAAGGCCGGCGACGUCACGGCGGGCCGCCCGCGCGGCGCGGCCUGCUGCCGCGCGACGCUGGACAUCGUCGACGGCCACGUCGCGGCGCUCCGGCUAGCGCCCGCGACGUUCAAAGGCGACGCGCAACCGGAGCCGCCGACGAGCCUGCUCUGGUGCCUCUACCUCAAGUGCCACUGCCACGAGUGGCUCGGCGAGCUCGAGGCCGCGACGAAGGCCAUCGACGAGUGCCUCGAGCACACGCCCACGAGCGUCGACUUCCGCGAGAAGCGCGCGCGCCUCCUCAAGCGCGGCGGCGCCGUGCGCGCCGCGGCCGCGGAGAUGGUCGCCGCGCGCGAGAUGGAUUUGGCGGACCGCUACAUCAACAACAAGGCCACCAAGUACCUCCUGCGCGCCGGCGACGUCGCCGAGGCGCGGAAGACGGCGGCCAUGUUCACGCGGCCCGAGGCGGGCGACGCCGAGCAGCACCUCAACGACAUGCAGGCGAGCUGGUACGAGCUCGAGGUCGGCCUGGCGCUGGGCCGCGACGCGCGCAAAACCUUCGCCGCGUCGGCGCCCGCGGGCGACGUCCGCGCGAAGGCGGGUUUGGCGCUGAAGCUGCUCUUGGCCGUGGAGAAGCACUUCGCGGACUUCAUCGAGGACCAGUUCGACUUCCACACCUACUGCGUGCGCAAGAUGACGCUCCGGGCCUACGUGUCCGUGCUCCGCUUCGAGGACGGCAUCCGGGGCCACAAGUUCUUCCGCCGGGCGGCCAAGGCCGCGGGCGACCUCUACGUGCUCCUCGCCGACGCGGACGCGCGCGACUCCGCGGCCGCGGCCGAGGCCGCCAAGGCCGCGCCGGAGGCCGCGGGCGCCGUCGACGCCAAGGCGGCCAAGGCGCUCGCGAAGCGCGAGAAGGCGAAGCAGCGCAAGGCCGCGGCCAAGGAGGCCGAGGCCAAGGCCAAGGCGGACGCCGAGGCCGAGGCGGCGAAGAAGGCCGAGGCCGCGGACGGCGGCAAGAAGGAGGUCAAGAAGGAGGAGAAGCGCGAGGACGACGACCCCGACGGCGCCAAGCUCGCGGCGAAGGCGCCCCUCGACGAGGCGCUGCGCCUGUCGGAGGCGCUCCGCGACCACGCGGCGGGCUACGCGGAGACGCACGAGUUGGCCUUCGACGUCGCGCUGCGGCGCCAGAAGCCGCUCAUGGCGUUGCGCGCGCUGCGGAAACUCGAGAAGACCGCCGGCGCCGACGCGCCCGCGCUCCUCGUGCGCCUCGCGGCGCUCGCGAAGGCGCUCGCGGCCGGCGCCCUCGGCGCGCCGCCGCCGGCCGUCGCCGCGGUCCUCGACGCGGAGCUCGCGGAGCUCUGCGGCGCGCCGGCCUACGCGGGCCCGGCGACGGCGCUCGCGAAAUGCCGGGCCUACGCCCAGGGCGACGCGGCGCUGCCGAAGCGCGUCGCCGCCGCGCGAGCGUUGUCGUGCUUGGGAGAGAAAGACGCGAACCUCGUGCUCACGGCGUCGCUCGCGGCGCCGCCGCUGGGCAAGCCCCUCGCCGUGGCCUGCUACGAGGACGCGCACGCGGCCCUCCUCGAGCUCGGCGACGCACCGAGCGCCGCCGCGUUCAAGGCCACCGCGGCCGCGGCGUUCCCCGCCGCGGACUACUUCGCCGACAACUAGACGCCCCGUCCGUUAAUCGACGCGCGACUCGUGUGUUCC